GCACCCUGCAAGCUGCUUCAGUCUCCAUCCUACUGUUCCUCUGGUGAACUAGGUUAACUUAAAUUUGCAAAAAAAAAUGCCUAAACUCCUACAAGGCAUUGUCACUAUCCUCGAUGUUUUCUACCAAUAUGCUACCGAGCAUGGGGAGUGUGACAUGCUGAACAAGACAGAGCUGAAAGAACUUUUGGAAAAUGAAUUUCGCCAAAUUCUAAAGAAUCCAGAUGAUCCAGAUACUGUAGAUACCAUCAUGCAAAAUCUGGAUCGAGACCAUAAUAAACAAGUGGAUUUUACUGAGUAUCUUCUGAUGAUAUUCAAGCUGUCUCAGGCUUGUAAUAAAAUUGUUGGCAAAGACUACUGCCAAGCUUCAGGGUCAAAGCAGAAAGAGCACAGUCACCAGCAUCAAGAGGAACAGAGUGAAACAGAAGAGGAAGGAAAGGUGCAAAAAUCCUCUUCCACUUAUUCAAGUUCAAGCGCAGGAGAGAAUGGCUCCAGAGGAAGCAUUAAACAUAGGUCUAAGUCCACCUCCCAAAAACUGAGGCAUCAAGGAGACUUGUCUAGCUCAACGGGUCAAUCCUCAAGUUUAGGACAACAUGGAUCUAGCUCAGGCCAAUCUUUUAGCCACAGUCAACAUGGGUCUGGUGCAGGUCAGUCAUCCAGCUAUGGCCAACAGAGUCCAGGCUCAGAGCAAUCUUCAAGACACAGUCAAUAUGGAUCUGGAUCAGGCCAAUAUUCUAGCCACAGGCCACACCAGGCAGGUUUAAGAGAAUCAUCUGGUUUUGCUCAACAGGAGUCUGGCUCAGGUCAGUCUUCUGGUUUCAGUAAGCAUGGAUCUGGCUUAGGUCAAUCCUCUGGUUAUGGACAACAUGGUUCUUCAUCAGGACAGACAUCAAACUGUGGCCAACAUGGAUACAACUCAGGUCAGUCUUCUAGCUGUGGACAGCAUGUGUCUGGAUCAAACCAGUCCUCUAGCCAGAAGCGAUAUAGGUCUGGUUCAAAUUCAUCUCCUAGCAGUGGAGAAUAUGGCCAACACAGAUCUGGAUCAAGCCAAUCUUCUAGCCACAGGCGAUAUAGGUCUGGUUCAAGUUCAUCUCCUAGCAGUGGAGAAUAUGGCCAACACAGAUCUGGAUCAAGCCAAUCUUCUAGGCACAGGCGAUAUAGGUCUAGUUCACAGCAGUCUUCUGGCAGUGGUAGAUAUAGAUCUGGCUCAAGUCAGUCUUCUGGCUUUGGUCAAUAUGGAUCUGGUUCAGGAAGGUCAUCCAGGUUUGGGCAACAUGGCUACAGGUCAAGAGAGUCCUCUAGCGUUAGUCAGCAUGGAUCUGGCACAGGCCAGUCCUGUGGGCAAUACAGUUCAUCACCAGGAAAGUCAUCAAGCUGUAGCCAACAGGGGUUCAGCUCAGGUCAGUCUUCCAGCUAUGGCCAGCAUGGAUCUGGUUCAAAUCAGUCUUCUAACAACAGCCAAUAUGGAUCUUCCUCAGGACAGUCUUCUGGCUUUAGUCAGCAUAGAUCAAGCUCAGGUCAGUCUUCCAGCUAUGGUGGAUAUAGGACUGGCUCAGGUCAGUCUCCUAGCCAUAGCCAACAUGGGUCUACAUCCAGUCAGUCUUCAAGGCAUAGCCAACAGGGGUCUGGAUCAAAUCAGUCCUCUGCCUUUGGGCAACAUGAAUCUGGCUCAGGUCAGUCUUCUGGCUUUGGUCAACAUAGGUCUGGCAUAGGGCAAUCCUCUGGUUAUGGACAACAUGGUUCUUCAUCAUCGUGCUGUGGUCAGCAUGGAUCCAGCUCAGGUCAGUCUUCCAGCUAUGGUCAGCAUGGGGCUGGAUCAAAUCAGUCUUCUCGCUAUGGCCAACACAUGUCUGGAUCAAGCCAGUCUUCCAGGCAUAGGCAACAUGGGUAUGGUCAAAGAGAGUCUUCUGCUUUUGGUCAACAAGGGUCUGGCUCAGGUCAGUCUUCUGGCUUUGGUCAACAUGGGUCUGGCUCAGGUCAGUCUUCUGGUUUUGGUCAACAUGAGUCUGGUUCAGGUCAGUCCUCUGGCUUCAGUCAACAUGGGUCUUGCUCAGGCCAGUCCUCUGGCUUCAGUCAACAUGGGUCUUGCUCAGGCCAGUCCUCUAGUUAUGGACAACAUGGCUCUUCUUCAGGACAGUCAUCAUGCGGUGGUCAGCAGGGAUCUAGGAUGGGUCAGUCUUCCAGCUAUGGUCAGCAUGGGUCUGGAUCAAAUCAGUCUUCUAGCUAUGGCCAGCAUACAUCUGGAUCAGGCCUGUCUUCUAACCAAAGGCGACAUGGGUCUUGCUCAAGAGAAACUUCUGGUUUUAAUCAACAUGAGUCUAUUCCAGGAAAGUCAUCCGGUUUUAGUCAGUGUGGUUCUGGCUUAGGUCAAUAUUCUGGCUAUGGACAACAUGGCUCAACAUCAGGACAGUCAUCAUGCUGUGGUCAACAUGGACCCAGCUCUGUCCAGUCUUCCAGCUAUGGUCCACAUGGAUGUAGUACAAAUCAAUCUUCUAACUAUGGCCAAUAUGGAUCUGCCUCAAGUCGUUGUUCUAGCAAUAACCAACAUGGGUAUCCCUCAAGUAUGCCUGAACACCAUGAGUCUGUUUCAUAUCCUUCAUCUACUUCUGGACAACAUUGUUCUAGAUCUAAUCAUUGUUCUAACUCUCAGCAAUAUGGAUCUGGCUCAUGUUACUCAUCUAGCUCUGGAUCAUGUGGUCCUGGACCUAAUCAGUGUUCUAGUUUUGAGCAACAUGAACCACAAGGGAGAUGUGGAAACCAGUGGAAAUCUAGCUAUAGCCAUUCAAACUGUAAUGAAGGGCAGGGGAGAAAUGGCUAUAGACAAGUAGAAAGCUCCUCAGGCUGUGCCUCUGAACAAUUUACAUCCUCUUGUGGACAGUCUAGAUCCAACACUAUCAAUAAACUGUCAUUGUGCAAUAAGGAUCACAGACUAAGUGGCUAUUGUGACCAGAAAGGAAGAGCAGACAGCCGGGGAGAGGGAAGUAUAGGCUCAAGAUCCCAAAGUUUCAAUAGUAACACUCCACUCUAUGCAUACGUCCAACAGCAGAGGUGUUAAAUGUAGGGAUGAAUAAUGAAUAGAGGUGAAAUUAACUGACACAGCAAUUUUUAAAAUGAGAAACUGUUAUAGAGAAGCAAGUCAUCAUGAAAUUUCUAUUUCUAUCCUGUUCUUUUAAACCUGUAAUUGUACUCUACUACUUAUUAAUUGGCUCCUUACCCAAAGAUGUAGGGCAUUUAGGUAUUUCUUAUGAAAUAUUGAGUUGAAUGAAUGAUGAGUAUGUGGUUAAAUUUGGAAAAACAAUGGAAAGUAUUUAAGGAGCUUGGAUUUUAGUUAAGGUAUCUUUUCGACAACUCGCUAUUUUAAUUAGAGAUAAUGCCGAAGCUAAGUGUGUGGUUUUAAAAAAUAAUAUAUUGUAAAUGUACCAUACUAAAGUAAAAGCUUUCUCUAACAGGUACACGUACUCAAAUUUUUGGUGUAUCUUAUAUAGAAGAGUAGCAAAAAAGAGAAACCUUAAAAGCAAAGAUGCACCACUGAUACAGUAUGUUUAUUUAUAAAUUCCACUAAGCCUCUAUUUUUGAGUACAUUAUCUAUUAGGUAAUUAACUAGUAUUACAAAGAAGUUGCUUCAGAUGAUUCUCCUUAGCCAAGCAAGAGCAUGAUUUCUUAAAAAGCAGACUGGAUCAGUUCAAGAUCAAAAGAUCCAAAUAUAGGUUUUAACGUGAUUUCAACAAGAAAGAUCUCAGCUCCUACUUCUAAGAAGUUGGCUCCAGAUUAGAAAACUUUAGGGGUGCUUAGCAUAGAUAUACAAUAACUCCUUGCAGGGGAAUAUCCAUACCCAGAGAGAAAGAAAGACUAUCACUGUUAUAUAGUUCCUUGAUUUGACUGUAAUGAAUUUGUUUCAAGUGUUUGGAUUCAAAUAACUGCAUUGCAUUAAAACUGGCAAUAAGUAAAUGUUGAUCAAAUACA